GAUUAACAAUUCGAAUAAGGUCUUCUAAUAGGAGCUCAUUUCGACCAUAUCUCGAAUCGCUUAGACAUUCGAUCGACAACCACAUAGCUAAGCGAUUUUCGAAAAGCUAUAAAAUGGCAGAUGCGAAGGGGACGAUUGGGGCUGAGGCCGAACCUCACUCCGAUCUCAGCACCCACGCCCCGGAAGCGCGCCCCGAUGGUUGGAUAUACAAGGGGUUUCGCGUCGGCAAGAAGGAAAUAUGGUAUGCGUCGCCAAAGAUACAACUCCUGAUGGUGGCCUUGGUGUGUUUCCUGUGCCCUGGCAUGUAUAAUGCGCUAGGUGGUCUUGGUGGUGGUGGUCAGAUCGACGGCACCGUCCAAGAUCAUGCAUCUACCGCUCUUUACUCCGUCUUCGCCGUUGUUGCCUUCUUUUCCGGCUCCUUCGCCAACAAAGUCGGUGUCAAGACAACUUUGGGUAUUGGCGGCUUGGGUUACUGCAUUUAUUCUGCCAGCUUUUUGUGCUACAACCACACGCAGAAUGUUGGUUUUGUUAUUUUUGCUGGUGCUUUCUUGGGUCUUUGCGCCGGUUUGCUUUGGACUGCGCAGGGCGCUAUCAUGAUGUCUUACCCGCCCGAGGAGUCUAAGGGCCGAUACAUCAGUUGGUUCUGGAUUAUCUUCAACCUCGGCGCUGUCAUCGGUAGCUUGAUUCCUCUCGGCCAGAAUAUCAACAACACCGGUGGCACGGUCACAGAUGGUACCUACGUUGGUUUCAUUGUUCUGAUGGUGGUUGGUGCUGCUCUCACUUUUCUCCUCGUCAACGCCGACAAGGUCAUUCGAGACGAUGGCUCGAGGGUUAUCAUUAUGAAGAACCCAACUUGGCAGAGUGAACUCAUCGGUCUUUGGGAAUGUAUCUCCCUAAGUCCUUGGGUUGUUGCUCUGUUCCCUAUGUUUUUCGCAUCCAACAUCUUCUACACAUAUCAGCAGAACGGGCUCAACCUUGCCCACUUCAACGUUAGGGCUCGCUCGCUGAACAACUUGCUUUACUGGCUUGCCCAGAUCUUUGGGGCCGUUAUCUUCGGAUAUGCCCUCGAUUUCCCCAAGAUCCGACGCUCGAUGCGUGCCAAAAUCUCUUUUGGUGCACUUUUCACUCUAACCUUUGUCAUCUGGGGUGGUGGAUACGCGUGGCAGAGGCAACAAGUUUCGCGAGCAGUCACCUCGGAACCAUCUUAUGAGAGCCAAAAGAUUGACUGGACCGACCCUAAAUUCCUCGGCCCCAUGUUCCUCUACAUCUUCUACGGCUUUUACGAUGCUUGCUGGCAGACAUGCAUUUACUGGUACAUGGGAGCGCUCUCCAACUCUGGCCGAAGAACUGCCAACAUGGCUGGCUUCUACAAGGGUCUCCAGUCAGCCGGUGCUGCAGUCUUUUGGCGGUUAGACGGUGUUCAUAUCGAGUACAACACUCUAUUCGCCGCAACGUGGGCUGUUUGUGCCGGUUCCCUCGUAGUUGCCGCUCCGAUCAUUUUCCUCAAGAUAAAAGAUACCACCGCUCUCGAGACGGACCUCAAAUACAGCGAUGAGAGACCGGAGGAUGUUAUACCAACAACCGUCGCACUCGAAGAGAAGCGCACUGACGUUUAAUAUUUCCUUUGAGGUAACAAUUUAUUGUAAAUCUGUUAAAAUAUACUGCAGU